AGCCUCACAAGGAGUUUGCAGAGCUUGUCUCGACACGCUUUGGCAAUGGUUCGCCCUUCUGCCAUGUUUUUUCCAUCUAGAGACGCAAAGCUUGGUUUCAAAUGUCUUCGUGGCCGGUCAGGCGGCGCUUGCGUUGCCCGAAAGGCAGUGAAGAAAUGAGAAGGAUUGCUGCUACCAAGUUCUGUGGGCAUAAUCGAACUACGCGUCACAUAGCAAGCUCGAAAGUCAACGAAGAACAGUUUCAGUAAACAUGUUACGCAAACUCGUUCAUGCAUAAUGCUCCGAUCCAGCUACACAGAGGAUUCACACAGCAACCGGGUAAUGCGGGAGACCCUUGCAGAAGUCCUUUGCCUUAGCAGGUCAGGUACUGGAUACUUGCAGGUUACUCAAGUUGAUCCCGAACCAAUAACGGCCAGGUCAAGACAAGAGUCUACGCACGAGGCUGUGCAACGGGCAAGUUUACGUCACAAGUGACAGCCGUGGUUGGUGGUUGGCAGAAACGGGAACUGUUGGGCCUGGGCGACAGGCGAGUGGGUAUUGUAACCUGUAGAACGCCAUUUCUCUGGCGUCAUCUGCCAUGCUCCUCUAUAUAACCUGCUGCACACCACCUGCUCAAAUGCUUCAGUCUUUCCAACCAACCAACCUAUCACUCACAAACGAGAACACACAACUCACUUCAAACCAUCUAACAAUCCCAACGUCAAUAUGCGCUUCCAGACUGUCCUCCUCACGACCCUUGCCGCCUUGGGCUCUGCUCAGACCACAACCCAAGAUGCUGUCGGCUCGAUCCUUUCUAACGUGAACUCGGCCGGCGCUUCUAUCGCCUCUGACGCUGCCAGCGUCAUCAGCAGCCUUACCUCAGACAUUGGAAGUCUGCACAGCGCCGCCUCUACCGCUACGGGUAGCGCAGCCUCAAGCAUCAGCUCCGCCAUCUCAGGUGCUUCCGCCAGCGCCUCAUCCGUUCAGAGCUCUGCAGCAAGCCAAGCUGCGUCUGCGGGUUCUAGCGCAUCCAGCGCAAUGUCCAGCGCGGCCAGCUCGGCAGCCAGCGCGGCUUCUAGUGCGGCCAGCUCUGCCAGCUCAUCGGCCGGUGGAGCAAGACAGACCGCCGCAGCGGGUGUGCUGGCUGGCGCUCUUGCGGUCGCUGGUUUGCUAUAAAGCAAUCGUUCAUUCGCUCGACAUCGGGGUAUGAACCGGAUAUGAAAAGAGAAAGUUGAAUUGCCAGGACACUGCGCAAAUAACUGUCCGAUACUCGCUCAUGAAGCAGAAUCACAUCAUUUCAGCAUGAAGAAUCAACACUUGUACGGGAUACUGAAUAAUGUGUAUGGAUACGGAAAUCGAGAGAACACAAUGCGAAGAUGCUAGGAAGUGGUAAUGCCUACAAUGCGAUUUUUCUUAUCAAGACUACCUCUUUAUUUUGCAACCUGUGACUGAAUGUUCCUUCUCCUCUUGUACUUCAUGACUUAUACUUCUUGCUUGCUGCUGCCUUUGAUGCUGUGUGAAAGAGGUAGAAAAGAUGUAGAUUGAUCUUGUGCAAGAUUACGACGUCAUCCUAAGACCAGGUUUUGUCACCGCCGACUUGAUACGAAACGGAUUUUAGUGCAUGGCAUUCGAAACUGCCCCCGACCAUCAGGUUGUUAAGAAUAAUUCGC